UGUGAAAAUACACAUACCGGAAGUUACGUUUAUUAUCAAGAAUAAUACGGAAACGGAGUUUAAACCCGUGACUUUUAUGGUUGUUUUUAAUGGUUUAGUAGAGCAUCACAGCGGGAUAAUAACAGACACGGACUCCUGCUGAACGAUGGAUGGGGAGGGAAGACUGGCCUUCCUCCUCCUCCUCUUCAUGUUUAGCUUGCUGUCACGUGUGUCUGACAGUCAUCCUCACUCAUUUGCCAUCAGAGCUGCGUCUAAUGAAACUGUAAAGAGAGCUUCAGACACGGUGGCGGAGGUAGCAGCGUACGCUGAUGUGGCCAAACGCAUCAUUGAGCUGGCUGUGUUUGGAGCUGCUCAGAACCGCUCCUAUAAACGUCUGGCUGACUUUGCCGACACCAUCGGGAGCCGAGUCAGUGGCUCGCCGAACCUGGAUAUGGCCAUUAAAUACAUGUUCAGUGUCAUGAAGCAGGAUGGGUUGGACGUGCACCUGGAACCAGUGAAGAUCCCACACUGGGUUAGAGGGACGGAGAGCGCAGAGAUGAUAGAGCCCCGGGUUAAGAACCUGGCUGUACUGGGACUGGGCAGCAGCGUGGGAACUCCUCCUGAGGGUAUUGAGGCAGAGGUUCUGGUGGUUCAGUCUUUUGAGGAACUGAAGUGUAGAGCCAGUGAGGCCACAGGGAAGAUCGUGGUUUUCAACCAGCCUUUCAUCAGCUAUGGAGAAACGGUGGCUUACCGGGCUUACGGGGCUUCAGAAGCGGCUAAACUGGGAGCUGUGGCCACUCUCAUUCGAUCUGUCACUCCGUACUCUAUUAACAGUCCCCACACAGGUUGGCAGGACUACCAAGAUGGAGUGAAGCGCAUCCCCACAGCCUGCAUCACUGUGGAGGACGCUGAGCUGAUGUGGCGUUUCUCCCAGAGGAAACAGAAGAUUGUAGUCAGACUCAAGAUGGGAGCCAAGACUCUGCCGGAUGCUGACUCUUUUAACACGGUGGCUGAGAUAAGAGGCUGGCAGCACCCUGAGCAGGUCGUCUUACUGAGCGGACAUUUGGAUAGCUGGGAUGUGGGCCAGGGUGCGAUGGAUGAUGGAGGCGGAGCCAUGAUCUCCUGGGAGGCCCUGUCACUCAUCAAGGACCUAGGUCUGCGCCCAAGAAGAACCUUGCGGACGGUGCUGUGGACAGCUGAGGAGCAGGGUGGAGUCGGAGCUCAGCAGUACUUUAAUCUACAUAAGGUGAACAUGUCCAACUUUGACCUUGUUAUGGAGUCUGAUCUGGGGACGUUCUCCCCCGUUGGGCUGCGGUUUACUGGCAGUGACGCAGCACAAAAGGUGAUGGAAGAAGUUGUCAAACUUUUAGCUCCCAUUAAUACAACCAAACUGGAGCUGAAUGGCGAGGGGACGGACAUCUCACCGUGGAUGCAGGCAGGCGUACCAGGUGCCAGCCUCCAUGUGGCAGACAGUCGUUACUUUUGGUUCCACCACAGUGAGGGGGACACCAUGACAGUGCAGAACCCUCGGGACAUGGACCUCUGCUCGGCAUUGUGGGCCGUGGUUGCCUACGUGGUGGCAGACCUGCAGGACAUGCUGCCAAGGUAGCAUGUGAACGUCCAUCUGAUCUCAGCACCUGAACAAAUCAAAAAUUUUGUUACACUGACUUUGAUUUGUAUGUAAAAUUUGAAUGUGAAGAUCAAAGCAGAAGGUGACAUGUCUGAAUUUGCUUUUAAUCUGAAGAAUCCAAAGUAAUUUUCAUGAUGAAAGGGGGUGAAGGCAUUUAAAAGGCCUGUUUGGUGAAUUUAUUAAGUGGAUUUUCUAAUAUAUUUUUAAACUUUUAUCUCAAAGCCCCGGUGUGUAAAAAUAUUCGACUCCUUAGCGCUACACAGUCCAGAGUAGGUAUUGCAGCUACAGUAGCCCACAUGUGUCAAAAGGCCAUGUGGAAACACCGCUCACCAGUUUCAAUCGUUAGCAAGUUUUAUUUCCUGUUUCCGCUGUUUCCUUCAGUGUCUCCGGGAUUAGAGAGCCCUCUGUCCGUGUCCGGUGAAUAUAUUUUUAGAACGGGCCGAUCAGUCAUUAGCAGCAGCUGCUGUCUUCUCGUUCCAGUGCUGCUGCUUCUGCCGUGCGUAGCAAAACUGCCACGUCUAACGUGUCGAACGCUUCUGUGGCGUCACUCGUCUCCCUCUCCCUCUCAGCUGUGCCCACCGCCACAGUUAUAAACGACUUCCAGUUUUCAAUCCAGCGAUCAUUGCAGUGCAGGGUAAACAAUCCAAGGGGAAGGAGCAGAAUUUCCCCAAACCAACAAGGCUGCCAUGGAGAGAACCGGCGCCAACCCCUCGCAAUGUUCAGAGGGAGGAGAACUUUCAUGUUAAAGCGCAAACUUGAAAUCAAGAGCAUUAUAUCUUGUAUGUCUCUAAACAGCUACGGUAUUUCGAGACAGUGCAUGUAUGGAGCGUCUGCCACAGUUUAUGUAUGUAAAAAGGUAAAAUUUCAAGCUAAUAGGAAAAUUUAGAAUAGAUGUUAGUGAACAUGAUACUCAGAAUUUGAUGGUAAGCAAGUAAAAAAUUACACACUGUGGCUUUAAAUCCAAUACUGGUUCUUUAGUUCUGAGUCACAGACUUGAGCUUGGACUAUUACAGAUUUUCUCAGGUAUUGUAACAUAUAUUGGGCUUCAGAAUGUUUGGUGACCGAAAAACAUUAAAGAUCUGAAAGAUAA